AUGAAUCAAGGAGUAGUUGAUGACUGGGAAUUAAGAUUAUUAAUAGCUGAAAUUGACAAAAAACCUAUCAAUAGAGGCUACAACUACGAAAAUCUUCUAUCGAAGCUUCAAGAAGUUCGGAAAGAAAUCAAUAAGGACAAUUUCAUUCUCGACGAGGUUAUGUUAGAUGAAAUCGAGUCUGGGAGAAAUGAAUUCAUAGAAUAUGCGGAGAUUUUGGACUCCAGUGAUUAUUUGGAGUCGGAUUUCAAUUUUAGUGAUUUGUCGGAAGAGUUGAAGAGAAAAUGUUUGAAUUAUUUGGAGAAAAGACCAUCGAUUAAUGAAACUGACAACGAAAUCGUUCUGUCUACAAUUCAAAAAAUCCAAAUAGAAAUCAAUCAGUGCAAUUCUGUGAUCGACGAGGACAUGUUGGAUUUGAUCGAUUCUGGGAGAGAUGAAAUUGAGAAUCAGUCGACAGACUACGAAUUCGAUUUGAAUUUUGAGAGAACUUUGCCGGUGGAGUUGAGAAGCAGAUGUAUGAAUUAUUUGGGUUCGUCGGAGGGCCGGUACGUUCUCAGAUUUCCAAAAAUCGACACUGACAUUGAUAUCGUCCAAUCUACAAUUCAAAAGAUUCAAAUGGAAAUUAAUCAAAACGAUUUUGUGAUUGAAGAAGAUUUGUUGGAUUUAAUCGAUUCUGGGAGAGAUGAAAUCGAGAAUUCUGAAAAUGAAGUCAGAUUUGACACAAAUUGGAGUGAUUUGUCGCCGACGUUGAAGAUGAAAUGUAUGGAGUAUUUGGAUUUUGAAGACAGGUAA